AUGGCCCAAUCGAAGAACUUGAAGUGCAAGCAUUUGCACGAUUACUUAAAGACUCUUCCUACAUCUGUUCUUGAUAGAUUAUACAACCAUCCAACCACUUGUUUGGCUGUGUACAGAGAGUUGCCGGAGAUUGCCAGGCACUAUGUUAUACGAAUCUUAUUUGUUGAGCAACCUGUACCACAAGCAGUAGUAGCUUCUUGGGUGUCGCAGUCCUACUCAAAAGAUCAUACCACAGUAGUUGAUGUACUUAGUGGUUUAAGGGUAUGGCAGGAAGCAGCAAUUCCUGGAGGACUUCUUGGCUGGAUUCUGAACUCAACUUUCAAAAAGAAUUUGAAGAUUGCCCUUCUUGGUAGCGGAAAGCCCUGGAGUAUGUCGUCACACUUGGAAGUGGACAGUAAACCUCGUGACAUUCCUUAUCUUGAUACUUAUGCUCUUGAACGAUGGGAGUGUGUCUUGCAUUAUAUGGUGGGCUCUCAACAGCAAGAAGGUAUAUCUGCUGAUGCUGUCAGAAUAUUACUUCAUGCAGGACUGAUGAAAAGAGAUGAGGAAGACGGUAGCCCUGUUAUUACUCGAGAGGGAUUUCAGUUUUUAUUACUUGACACAUCCUCUCAAGUGUGGUAUUUUAUUCUUCAAUAUUUGGAUACAGUAGAAACUCGUGGACUAGAUCUGGUUGAGUGCCUUACUUUUCUUUUCCAGUUGAGUUUCAGCACAAUGGGUAAAGAUUACAGUACAGAGGGUAUGAGUGAACAUUUACUUGUGUUUCUUCAACAUCUUAGAGAAUUUGGACUUGUAUAUCAACGGAAGAGAAAGGCAGGACGAUUCUAUCCCACAAGAUUAGCUCUUAACAUUGCAUCUGGACACAACAAGUCUCACAUGAACAUGCACCGUGAAGGUUAUAUUGUUGUGGAAACAAACUACAGAGUGUACGCUUAUACAGACUCCAAUCUGCAAGUUGCAUUAAUGGGUCUUUUUUGUGAGAUGUUAUACAGGUUUCCUAAUCUAUCUGUGGGAAUAUUAACUCGUGACUCUGUUCGACAGGCUUUGAGAAGUGGAAUAACAGCCGAGCAGAUAGUAGGGUUCUUACAUAUGCAUGCUCAUCCACGUAUGGUAAUGGCUGGACCUCCAACCCUCCCUCCCACAAUCAUAGAUCAAAUUAAACUGUGGGAGAAUGAGCGUAACAGGUUUGUGUUUUCAGAAGGCGUAUUGUACAGUCAAUUCUUAUCUCAAGCUGAUUUUGAAGCUUUACAUGAGUUUGCCCAAGAAUCUGGCCUGUUGGUUUGGAGUAAUGCACAGCGGCGCACUAUGGUAGUUACACGUGCUGGUCAUGACGAUGUGAAACGUUUUUGGAAACGUUAUUCGAAAGGAGGUAAUUAG